CCAGCAUUUCGUCUCGACAAGGCUCAGGGUAAUAAAACCCACAUAACGACAUCCGAUGGACGAAGCAGAAGAGCCGGAAGUCAACGAGUUCGUGCACGAAGGCGUCUUGCAAUUCUCCACGACUGCAUAAUGGGACGCUACCUCACCCCGGCAAAGAUCACUCUGCUAAUAGUGGCCUUUGUCUACUCAGAAGAUGUAGUCCCGACCUCUGCAGCCACAAAAGUCCUGACAUUUCUAUUGGAUCAUAUCCUACCAGCGAACAAGGCUUCUGAUACGACGAUCGCGACCAACGAAUACGACCAUGUCCUGUCAAUAUCAGUCCUUGAGUCCACUCUAUCUAGCCAUCCCUCAGCCCGACCAGGACGCUCAGUAUACGACCUUCUCCUCAAACGUUUAUGGGCAAUCGACUGCUCUCACGCGCUCGACGCGUUCAUCACUAACCUCCCAUGUCUCUUGACCAAAACCCGAGAACAACUGCUGCGGGAACGAGAGACAGGCGAAGAAUCACUAGAACCACACGGCCGCAUCCUCCGCACCUCUCCACUAGGCGCCUUCAUUCGCCGCUGCCACCUGGAAUACACGCGCCUUCAAUUUCAAGACAGCAUCGCUCUAUGGCAGGAUUUCAUCUCCUACCGCCUCCCCACCCGGCAAGCAUUCGAGAAGAAGAACCCGUCUGACUCCAAGUCCGCCCUCGAUGCCACCCUGGCGAACAUGCACAUCGAUUCGUCCCACCACCUCGCGCAAAUCAUGUACGCUCGACUGGCUGACGAGGACCAAGAUCACCACGGCGCAUUCAGCAUCUACGACGUCGAGAAACUCAUGGAGUUCCAAGUCGCUGAACUCCAACGGCUCGGCGGCCGGUUGCCAGACGGGAUGAGAUCCCGACUCGACCAGAUGGCCAAAGCAGGCACCGUCGUCCCCAAGCUAGGUCAUUACCUGAGUUUUCUCGACUCCUGGCGCGCCGGGGACUUCGCGUCCGCACUGGAUAAUCUCCAUCGAUACUUCGACUACGCUAUGCAGACGCGUGAACGGGCAUUUUAUCAAUACGCUCUGCUUAACUUAGCGAUCUUACAGUCCGACUUUGGAUCCUACGGAGAAGCAUUACCCGCUAUGCAAGAGGCUAUCGCUGUCGCGAGAGAGAACAAGGACAUCACGUGUCUGAACUUCUGUAUGAGCUGGGUGUACCAUUUCGGCCGGUCGUUUCCGCAAGAACGUAAGAAUAUACGCAUGAGCGGGAUCUUGGGCAGUGAAGUCGAGGGUUUGGCGUUUCUGAAGUCACGAGCGAAAGAUGCGGAGAUGUGGAGUCUUCUAAGCACGACAUUAUUGAGCGAGGCCAAGCUUGGAUUGCAGUAUGGCGAUAGUCUGGCAAGCGUGUUUGAGAACAUCACCAAAGCGGCGCAUCUGAACGUCGUCAAAUCGAGCCAGAGCGUGACGGGGCCGACCCUGCUUAUGAAAGGAGCGGCGUACAGUCGUGUAGGGCUGACACAUUUGAGCUGGUGGUGUGGGCAAGCUUUCCUGCGGUGUCACGCGAAAGAUGCGCCGAUGGAGGAUUUGUUAAAGUGUAAUUGUCGCAUGGCGGGAUUGCUGGUCCAAAGAGGAAGGAAUACAGAGGCUAUGGAGUUGUUGAACGGGAUGCCGCCAAGGGUGCUGAGGGUGUUGAAGUUUCAGAAUUACUUGAGCUUUUAUGCGGGACUGUUGAAGGUGCGGACAUUCCUGCACCGAGAUGAUCUGGACGCCGCGGAGCAUCUGCUUGCGCUUCUGGCGGGACAAGGCGUGCCUGAAGCAGAGAUGGGGUUUUCCUUGUCGCUGCUGGAAAUCGAUUUGCUCAUGCGGCGCGGCAACCUGACGAAGGCGCUUGAGAGAGUGGAAGCUGCUGUCGAAGAGGGACAUCAGGAGAUCAACGAUAUUGCUGUGCAGACUCGGCUGAUGAACCUGAAAGCCAGGAUAUUGGCGGAGAGUGGACAUCCGCUCAAAGGUUUCUCGCUGGUCAUGCGAGCUGCACAAAUUGCGUAUCGGGGAAGGCUCUUGCCAUCACUGUGGGAGUCAGUCGGCUUACUUGCGAACAUUCUCAACGAGCUGCGAGAGUUUGGCGCUGCUACUGAUCUUUUGCAAUCCAUAUUGCCGCAAGUGCUCGAGUUCCAGGACUGCGAUCUUGCGGCUCGCUCGUACGGACUUCUGGCAGAUGCAAAUAUGGGCAUGGCGGGUUCGGAACAAGAACAGUCCAUUAAACAGAAAGAGUUAAUCAGCAAAGCCAUGGAGAAUGUUGACCAUGCGUAUUUGCAGUUUCGGUACAUCGAAGACUUGAGGGGCCAGCUCGAGAUGCUGAAAAAGAAGGCAACCAUCAUGCACUGGCGGGGUGAUCUGAUGCUGGCGAAUGAUAUUGCCACUCAGUAUCUCGACCUGGAGAAGCAAUAUAGGACUCGACGGGUCUGAAGCGGUAUGUCGAAACCGAGUGACGCUCGUUAACGACGCAAUGGUAUGAAAUGUUGAUCGGGAAUUCCGGCCCACUCGAGGCCAUCACAUUUCUCCUUCUUGCUCCUUCCC